CAGGCGUGACGCAGCGCGGAUGUCCCAGAAUGCCGCUGUCUGCCAGCGCAGCAGUGAUCAAUGGUCAGGCGAGUCAGAUCAACCGGUGAAUAAACGCGUUAAACGUUAGAGAUCAACCGAUGAUCGAAACGCUUCGUCUCGGAUGGAAAUCGCUUCACGUGACUGUUCAUGAGUAAAUAAUAUCUGCAUAAAGAGAGACCAUCACCAUACUCAUCCUCCUCCUCAUCAUCAUCAGAGCCGAAGACAAACCCAGCAGGGCAGAUGGCGAGUCCCAGAACCAGACGUGUGCUGAAGGAGGUCCGGACUGAAGACGAGAACAAUGUGUGUUUCGAGUGCGGCGCGUUUAACCCGCAGUGGGUCAGCGUGACGUACGGAAUCUGGAUCUGCCUGGAGUGUUCAGGCAAACACAGAGGCCUCGGCGUCCACCUCAGCUUUGUACGGUCUGUUUCAAUGGACAAGUGGAAGGACAUGGAACUGGAGAAGAUGAAGGUGGGAGGAAACAGGAAAUUCCGCAUGUUCCUGGAGCUGCAGGACGACUAUGACCCCAACUGGAGUCUACAGGACAAAUACAACAGCAAAGCCGCUGCGCUCUUCAGAGAUAAGGUGGCGACGCUGGCUGAAGGGAAGGAGUGGACUAUUGAGAAUUCUUCUGCCAGGAACUGGACUCCUCCACAGGCCAAGAGCGGCCUGAGCGCCACCCAUCGGUCCAGUGCCGCUGCAGGACAGAAUCACACUAACUCUUCUGAUAAAGCAUUUGAGGACUGGCUGACUGAUGAUGUCAACUCCUAUCAGAAUGCCGGAGCAUCCGGUCCACAGGAGAAUCGAUAUGUGGGCUUUGGAAACACUCCCAACCCGCCCAAGAAAGAUGAAGACUUUAUCAACAACGCCAUGUCCUCCAUAUACUCGGGCUGGAGCAGCUUUACUGUUGGAGCCAGUAAGUUUGCAUCGGUCGCUAAAGACAGUACCACAAAAUUGGCCAACCAAGCAACUCUGAAGUUACGGGGCUAUAAACCACCGCCUGAGCCGGCUGCUGAAUUGGGACAGACGUUAAAUGACAGUGUUAUCAAGCCCACACAGGAGAAGGUGAAGGAGGGAAAGUUGUUGGAUGAAAUGGCCGUAGGCAUCACAGGUCUGGCCACAAAGGUUCAGGGUGCAGGCGCUAAAGGCUGGAAGGACAUGACGUCAUUCUUCAGUGGGAAACAAGAAGGCGCUGAUGAUGGUUCUGCCUAUGAAGAAGGAUAUCAGAACCAGGUUCCUAAACGGGACUUCUGGGAAACCUUCGGUAGUGAUUCGGGUCCCAGCGGCAACUCAGAGGCUCAGGCCAACAACAAGAAUAGUGCUGCAGAAAGCUGGGACACUUGGGACAAUGACUGGGAGAAAGCUGGAGAUGACAAGAACAAGAAGAGCCCGUCGAAAGUGGAUGAGGAUUCCUGGGACAACAGUGGCUGGUAGACCAGCAGAAACCUGCUCCACCUGCAGAGGGUUUGUGCGUUUGCUUUCAUCAGCCCUUCCUGCACAACACCCGUUACAAACACACUUUUGACUGGACAUGUCACUCGUUUCGCCUGUCGUUGUUUGUUUCUGUUGAGAAUGAGUUGAUAAAGGUCUUUCUGGCAUCUCUGUCCACAAUGGAGAAGUUUAAUAUUAUAACAGUAUAAUGUUUGAUAUUAUAGUGAUUUUGACACCAGCAGAGAUCUGCAUGUCAUCUGCUGUUUGUGGUCCGUGGAUCAUAAACCUUCAGAUCGCAGUGGCUUUCCUUUGUCAUGACAGACUCUUGUUUUUUUGUUUCUUGAAUUUUUAUUUUAUAUGUAUGUAUUCAUUAUAUAUACUGUAUGUAUAUGAUGAGCUGUCAAACAGAUUCUUAUUCAAAAAGAAAGAAAGAUUGAAAAAACAAAAAAAGAAUUUUUAUCAGUGAAAUCGUUCAGACUUCCUGUUCGUAAUGUAAUCAUAACAAUAACCAAACAUUCGUCUGUAAAAGCAUGACGCAUGGGCUCUUCAUUAUUUUAAUUAAUAUCCUCUAGUUCAUCCUCCAUCACCUCAUGGCCUUUUGUGGAAAUUUCAGAUUUUUUUUUUUUUUAAAUGUAGGACGUUUAUAAUCAUGUUGUGUUUUAGUUUGUUUGUUUCCUCCUUCUGUAAUAACCGUUGCGUGUUGUUCAUAUUGUCAUUCCAGAUGUGAAAUGUGCUGUUCGUGGCUUCUUGGAAUACAUGAAACAAAUGAUCUCAAAGAUUUCAUGUAAAACUCAAGACUUGGACAUCAAACAUCAUUAUUUAUUCAUAUUUCUCAUUUAUUUGGUCUUUUAUUUGUGAUUUCGGCUGAACGGGAUGUUUCUCCUUACCUCAGUAAUAAGGUGGUUGUUUACUGUAUUAUCGUCAAGUUCACCCAGAAUCUCUUUAUGAUAUUGAAUAUUGCUGUUAACCACACAUCAUAUGUUCAUGAAUUCAUUGACAUCUGCUGCUCCAUGGAUGUACCUGACUAGCACAUCUCUGCUAUGUGUGUUUGAAUUGUAACAACACCUGCUGUGUCUGAGGAACAUGGGUGAGCUACACUAUAUUCUGCUAGUUAAAUAGUAUAGUUAAUAAAGCUUUAAACACCACCUGA